UGUAAGGCUGUACUUAGUCUUUAACACCUUAAGUUUCAUGCCGUAAUUUUUACUAGGGUUUCUGAGAAGUGGGGCAGAGAUCUUCUGCUGAGAUUUUCUUCUGCCAGUUCUCCAGCUCUGAGCAGACCUGUGCCUAGGUCUGCACUAUGUGGACACAUGCCUGGCCUCAGUAAGUGAUUCAGGUUUAAACCUGCCCUGAUUAAGAUAAGCAUCUCUGACUUGGCUGCAGAAAAGAAGACCUGGAGAAGAAAGUCCUGCCAGGAUAUGUGACAUGCCAGGAGCUAUGGGAUAUCCUAUCCCACGUGUGCUGCCUGGUGAGGACUGGGGCAGGACCACUGAGGAUUCAGCUGCAUAGCUCUGUCACAGCUGUACAGCUCUCCUGAGACCAGGCUAAUUCUCCUGGGAGGACUUCAGGUAAAGGUGUGAAGAAAACCACUGUCUGCAAGGCUCCUGGUGUUGUGCUUUUUGCACACAGGCUGGUGCAGACUGCCAAGUGCUGCAUCUCCCCUUGGAAGGACUGGGAUGUAAACGAGUUCCAGUUCAGCUUCUGCUUUGGUGUGCAUUUGGUGUUGCGUUUGGAAGUGUCCAGAGUCUGCCCUGUGACCCUGAGACCUCAGCUGGAUGCUUUUCUACUCCUCACCUUACCUCAACACCUCAAGACAUCUCUUUCAAAAUCAUUUGUCAUUUGAGCUGUGCUGUGUGACAGAUGCAGGGGCUUUAAUCAGGAUGAACGAAUGCUACUAUGACAAGCGCAUGGACUUUUUCUACAACAGGACCAAGGCGGACACAGCGGAUGAGUGGACAGGCCCUCAGCUCAUCGGUGUUCUCUGCUUUGGCACGUUUUUCUGCCUCUUCAUUUUUAUUUCAAAUUCACUGGUCAUAGCAGCUGUGGUGAAGAACAGGAGGUUUCAUUUCCCCUUUUACUAUCUUCUGGCCAACUUAGCAGCUGCAGACUUUUUUGCUGGCAUCGCCUACGUGUUCCUGAUGUUCAACACGGGCCCGGUGUCCAAGACGCUGACGGUGAACCGCUGGUUCCUGCGGCAGGGCCUGCUGGACACCAGCCUGACGGCGUCCCUGGUCAACCUGCUGGUCAUCGCCGUGGAGCGCCACAUGUCCAUCAUGCGCAUGAAGAUCCACAGCAACCUCACCAAGAGGAGAGUCACCUUCCUCAUCGUAGCCAUCUGGGCCAUCGCUAUUUUCAUGGGCGCCGUUCCCACCCUGGGUUGGAACUGCCUCUGUGACAUUGCUGUCUGCUCAUCCCUGGCGCCCAUUUACAGCAGAAGUUACCUGGUGUUCUGGAGUGUCUUAAACCUGGUUGUGUUCUUCAUUAUGGUGGUGGUUUACAUCAGAAUCUACAUGUACGUCCAGAGGAAAACCAAUGUCUUGUCGUCGCACACCAGCGGGUCCAUCAGCCGGAGGAGAACCCCUGUGAAGCUCAUGAAGACUGUCAUGACUGUCUUAGGUGCCUUUGUUGUCUGCUGGACCCCUGGCCUGGUUGUCUUGUUGCUUGAUGGCCUGAACUGUACUGACUGUGGGAUUCAGAAUGUCAAAAGGUGGUUCCUUCUCCUGGCCCUGUUGAACUCUGUCAUGAAUCCAAUUAUUUAUUCAUACAAAGAUGAUGAGAUGUGGGCUACCAUGAAAAGGAUGAUUUGCUGCUCCUCUGAGGAUAAGAGCCAGGAGCGACGCUCAUCGCGCAUCCCCUCGACAGUUCUCUGCAGGAGCACGGAUAUCUCGGGCCACUACAUUGAAGAUGGCAUUAUUCAAGGGACAAUUUGUGGAAAAGGAGAUCUUGGUGACAAAGGAAACUCCUGAACUGUGCAAGGGACUGACUUGGCUCGAAAAGGAGAGGGGGAAGGGAGAGGUUUUGUAAGAGGAGAUUGACUGGCAAAGCUAGUAAACAAUAUAUCCACUUUGUUCCAGAGCCUCAACUCCAGUGUUAACAAAAGUUCUUAUAAAUAAUUGCCUGAUGGAAAAACACUUUGUAAUGAAGAAAACUUUCUGUGCUGCCAUCCUUUUUGUCUUUCAAGUACAUGAAAUUGUUUUUCAUGUGAAUGGAAUAAAUACCUCUCAGAGACUUCUUGUGCAUGGAAACAAAAUGUAAGCAACGUGGAGAGACCCUCCUUAAGCUCCUACAGAGAGAAGAAACCUGCCUGACCAUGCAGGUUUGGCAAUCAUUGAGUAUUUAUGCUUUGAAUAGUUUCUGUGCAUUUUGAGGAGGAUUGUAGGCUUGGUUGGACAGAAUUGUGACCUCUUUUUUAGGUUUGUGAAGUUCAUGAAAUAGUUCAUGCUUACUUCUUCUCUUCCUCCUCCUUAUCUUGCUUUCAAAAUAGGUAGUUUGGUAGUUUAUUAAAGCUAUGCCAGGAGCCUGGCAUGGGAGACCCAGACCAGGUGUCAGUGUGUGUAAGGAUGUCUGACAUUUCUGAAAGUACAGAAAGCACAAAAGCCAUUAUUUCUUCUGUAGUGGGGUGAAUGCUGCAGGCUAAGACAGUGCACUCCCUGCUGCUGUUGUGUAGGCAGGUGUUGAGGGUGGAUUAACAGAAAAGCAGUGAGGCUGUGUUCAUUAUACUCAUUUCUUGCUUCCCUAGAUAACAUCAAAGGGGUGUGCUCGCUCCUCUUUACCUGCCAUGCCACUGACAGAAAUGAGAUCCAAAACCCUGGUUUACAAGGGAACUUUUAAGGGAAGUUUAAAUACCCAUAUGUCCAGGUUCAAUGAAGCUAUUUAAAAUAGAAAUUAAUUUACAGGCAAAAAAAGCCUGAAAUCAGUUUAAGCCCCUACCAUAGUACAGUCUUCAUUGAUUGUUGGACCUUUUCUGGACGACAAAGAACCUCUGAUUUGGGAGCAGAUCUUACUGGAACAGGUACUUGAGCAAGAGACCAUGAAACAGUGAGCCAUGGAGGGCUUUCAGCUUUGUGACUGAUCAAAUCUAGUGCUGAUGCAGCCACAACCCAAACAGCUGGAGUUCUGACCUGUGGACUGUGCUCCAACAGAGUAUCCAGCAGAGGAUACAAAGCUCUAGGGUAAACUUAUAUUUAAACUUACAAAUUAAAAACUGGACUGUGGAUUUCUCAGUACUCUAAAAAGCUGGUUCAUGCUGUCUGGUUUCAACAGCAGUGAACUCCCUGUUGCCAUUUUAACUUCAAGAGGAGUUUCCUGUGCUGUCUCCUAGAGAAAAUCUGAUCCCUGGUAAUAAGGCAGGUUACCACAACCAGAGGUCACUUUGAAAAGUUUUGGAAGUUUUGGCUGCCAGGAGCCAACACCAAGGACAUAUUUUAUGAAGCUGGAAGGUAAAGUUCAGCUGCGAUUUGGACAAAUUCUUCCUUUGGUUCCACUUGCAUAUGGAUAUCUGGACUGUAUUGGUCAAACAGAACCAGCCCUUGGCUCAAAUGCUGAGCAGGGGAGUUGCAGAAUGCACUGGGGGACUUCACAGCAGCCCUUAACAUAUCUUACAAACCCAGCAAGGCCCUGUUCAGAGAGCUCUCCCAUAGCAUGCAUUAUCUUGUAGGGAUGU